AUGUCCGCCAACGGCGAAGUCAGAUCGAAGCGCCGCGCCAGUCCUGUGUCAGCGAUCGAACGACCGAAGAAGCAGCUCAAGCAAGAGAAUGGGGUCGCUACUCCCGGAGAUGCGACGCCCCAGAACGGCUCAGUAUACGAUGUAAGCGGCGACCAGGAGGCUCAUAGCAUUGUCAACAGUGUCGCUGCAGCAGGCGACUCACCCGAAUGGCAAGCCACCAUCGAGCGGGUGAUCAAGAGCGUGGUCAGCAUCCACUUCUGCCAGACCUGCAGUUUCGAUACCGAUCUCAGCGCCAGCAGUCAAGCCACAGGGUUUGUCGUCGAUGCGGAGCGGGGUUAUAUCCUCACCAACCGACACGUGGUAUGCGCUGGUCCCUUCUGGGGUUACUGCGUUUUCGACAAUCAUGAAGAGUGCGACGUCAGACCUGUCUAUCGGGACCCCGUCCAUGACUUUGGUAUCCUCAAAUUCGACCCAAAGGCCAUCAAGUACAUGGACCUCACAGCCCUCAAACUUCAACCCGAGUCCGCCAAGGUUGGUGUCGAGGUACGGGUGGUGGGCAACGAUGCAGGCGAGAAGCUGAGUAUACUCUCCGGUGUGAUUUCCCGACUAGAUCGCAAUGCGCCCGAGUACGGCGAGGGCUACAGCGACUUCAAUACCAACUACAUCCAGGCUGCCGCUGCAGCAACAGGAGGAAGUUCGGGCAGUCCGGUAGUGAACCUGGGUGGCAACGCGGUUGCACUUCAGGCUGGUGGCAGAGGCGAUGGUGCGGCGACGGAUUACUUCCUACCACUCGAUCGACCACAACGAGCGCUUCAGUGUCUACAGCAGGGUAAGUCGAUUACACGUGGAACCAUUCAGACACAGUGGAUUCUCAAGCCAUUCGAUGACUGCAGACGGCUGGGUCUGACGCCAAAUUGGGAGUCGGCGGUUCGCAAAGCGGCGCCCACCGAAAACAGCAUGCUUGUGGCGGAGAUUGUGCUACCCGAGGGCCCCGGAGACGGCAAAAUACAAGAAGGCGAUGUCCUCAUCAAAGUCAACGGAGAGCUCCUCACCUCUUUCGCUAAGCUUGACGGCAUCCUGGACUCGAGCGUAGGUGGCAAGGUUGCGCUGCUGAUCCAGAGAGGUGGCGAAGAUGUCGAAUUUACCCUCGAUGUAGGAGAUUUACAUGCCAUCACGCCCGAUCGAUUCGUGACGGUAGCUGGUGGCAGCUUCCACAACAUGUCGUACCAACAAGCGCGGCUCCAUGCUAUUGCCUGCAAAGGCCUCUACGUCUGUGAAGCUGCUGGGUCCUUUAAGAUGGAGAAUGCACUCUCUGGAUGGAUCGUCGAUACGGUUGAUCAAAAGCCGACUCCGAAUUUGGAUGCCUUCAUAGAGGUGAUGAAAGCCAUUCCAGACAAGGCUCGGGUGGUCAUUUCGUACCGGCAUAUUAGAGACUUGCACACCAGAGCCACCAGUGUCGUCCAUAUUGACCGACAUUGGCAUCCAAAGAUGCGACUCUCGGUACGGAACGACGAAACCGGGCUCUGGGAUUUCGACGACGUCGGCAAGGUGGUGCCAGCUCGGCCGCUCGAGCCCAAGUCAGCCGACUUUAUCCAGCUAGACGGCGUCAACCAACCGGCGGCGGCUGAUAUUGUGCGGUCAUUUGUUAAGAUCUCUUGUUACAUGCCCGUUAAGAUCGAUGGUUACCCGCAGGCAAGGAGAAAUGGCUUUGGUGUGGUCAUUGAUGCCGAGCAGGGCCUGGUGGUGAUUUCCCGCGCCAUCGUGCCGUACGAUCUUUGCGACAUCACUGUCACAGUGGCAGAUUCGAUCCAGGUUGAGGGCAAGGUGGUAUUCUUGCAUCCUCUCACGAAUUAUACCAUCGUCAAAUACGACCCUUCGCUGGUCAAUGCGCCGGUGAAAACGGCGACAUUGUCGAAUGAGAUGAUGAAGCAAGGCCAAGACACAAUCUUUGUCGGCUUCAACCAGAACCACCGAGUGGUCAUGGCGAAGACUACUGUGACAGACAUCACUGCUGUUGGUAUUCCAGCUAACGCGGCGGCUCCUCGUUAUCGAGCUGUUAAUCUGGAUGCCAUUACGGUCGACACCAGCCUGUCAUCGCAAUGCUCGUCAGGCGCUCUCAUUGGUACUGAUGGUGUUGUGCAUGCGUUGUGGCUUACGUACAUGGGUGAACGAACGCAAGGCAGCCAUCGGGAUACCGAGUAUCACUUGGGCCUUGCCACCUCGAUGAUCAAGCCCGUGAUCGACCAGAUCCGGACUGGCGUUAUACCGCGGCUUCGAAUCCUCAACAUUGAGUCCUAUGUUAUCCAGAUGACGCAGGCGCGCAUUAUGGGCGUCUCGGAGAAGUGGAUUCAACAAGUGGCAAAAGCCAAUCCUUCACGGCACCAACUGUUUAUCAUCCGAAAGGUGGACUGCGGACCGGCCAACGGGCCUAGCGAUGGACAGUCUCUGCAAGAGGGCGAUAUUAUCCUUACGCUGAACGGGCAGCUCAUCACCCGGGUUUCCGAGUUCGACACCAUGUACGACAAGGAGUAUCUGGAUGCGCUAGUGGUGAGAAAUGGCCACGAGAUGCAACUCCGAGUACCUACUGUGCCUACGGAGGAUCUGGAGACGAAACGGGCGCUGAUUUUCUGCGGUGCCGUUCUUCAGAAACCCCACCACGCCGUUCGGCAGCAGAUCAGCAAGCUUCAUUCGGAGAUUUACGUCAGUGCUCGAAGUCGAGGCUCGCCGGCGUAUCAAUAUGGUCUUGCACCGACCAAUUUCAUCACCCACGUUAAUGGUGUCAAGACCAACGACCUUGAUGCUUUCAUGCGGGAGGUGAGCCAGAUUGAAGACAACACUUACUUCCGGCUGCGGGCAAUGACAUUCGACAAUGUGCCUUGGGUGGUGACGAUGAAGAAGAACGACCACUAUUUUCCAAUGUCACAGUACGUCAAGGACGAAGAGAAGCCCACAGGCUGGAAGGUCAUCUCGUACCAUCGUAAGCAGACCGAGGAAGGAGCACCGGUGACGGCGGAUGGAAUGGAUGAAGGAAGUGGUGACGGUAGCGAGGCAGAAGAGCCUGACAUGUCGCAGUAG